CUGGCUCUUGCUCCUUCCUAGGCAGCUCGAUGGUGGGAGAAGAAAAGAUGUCACUAAGAAACCGGCUGUCCAAAUCUGGUGAAAAUCCUGAGCAAGAUGAAGCGCAGAGAAGUCUCUCGGACACACAGAGAAAUGGUCGCAUUACCAUGAAACAGUUGAUAGCCAAGAAGAGGCAGUUGGCUGCAGAGGCGGAGGAACUGAAGCCACUGUUUCUGAAGGAAGUUGGUUGUCACUUUGAUGACUUUGUGACCAAUCUCAUUGAAAAGUCAGCGUCGCUGGACAAUGGUGGGUGUGCCCUCACAACCUUCUCCAUUCUUGAAGACAUGAAAAACAACCACAGAGCCAAAGAUCUGAGAGCACCUCCAGAACAAGGGAAGAUUUUUAUUUCAAGGCGGUCUCUGUUAGAUGAGCUGUUUGAAGUGGACCACAUCCGAACAAUUUACCACAUGUUCAUUGCGCUCCUCAUCCUCUUUAUCCUCAGCACUCUUGUGGUAGAUUACAUUGAUGAAGGAAGGCUGGUUCUUGAGUUCAAUCUCCUGGCCUACGCUUUUGGCAAACUUCCCAUUGUUGUUUGGACGUGGUGGGCCAUGUUCCUGUCUACACUUUCAAUCCCGUACUUCCUUUUCCAGCGCUGGGCCCAUGGCUACAGCAAGAGUUCCCAUCCACUGAUCUAUUCCCUUGUCCAUGGCUUCUUCUUCCUAGUCUUUCAGCUUGGCAUUCUGGGCUUCAUCCCGACAUAUGUUGUGUUAGCGUACACACUGCCCCCAGCCUCCCGGCUCAUUGUUAUACUCGAACAGAUUCGUUUGGUGAUGAAAGCUCACUCGUUUGUCAGAGAGAAUGUGCCGAGAGUACUGAAUGCAGCCAAGGAGAAAUCAAGCACAGUUCCAGUACCCACAGUCAACCAGUACCUGUACUUCCUGUUUGCGCCUACACUCAUUUACCGUGACAGCUAUCCGAGGACUCCUACUGUAAGAUGGGGUUACGUUGCUAAGCAGUUUUUACAGGUUUUUGGCUGCCUGUUUUAUGUAUACUACAUCUUUGAGAGACUCUGCGCUCCAUUGUUCCGGAAUAUCAAACAGGAGCCCUUCAGCGCUCGUGUUCUGGUCCUCUGUGUAUUUAACUCCAUUUUGCCAGGUGUGCUGGUGCUGUUCCUUUCGUUUUUCGCCUUUUUGCACUGCUGGCUGAACGCCUUUGCUGAGAUGUUGCGCUUUGGUGACAGGAUGUUUUAUAAGGACUGGUGGAACUCGACGUCAUACUCCAACUACUACAGGACCUGGAAUGUGGUCGUCCAUGACUGGCUUUACUACUAUGCGUACAAGGACCUCCUCUGGUUUUUCUCGAAGAGGUUCAAAUCUGCUGCCAUGCUGGGUGUCUUCGCCAUGUCGGCCGUGGUGCACGAAUACGCCCUGGCUGUCUGCUUGAGCUAUUUCUACCCGGUGCUCUUCGUGCUCUUCAUGUUCUUCGGAAUGGCUUUUAACUUCAUUGUCAACGACAGCCGGAAAAGGCCAAUCUGGAACAUCAUGGUAUGGGCUUCUCUUUUCCUGGGCCAGGGAGUCAUCCUGUGCUUUUAUUCUCAAGAAUGGUAUGCCCGCCAGCACUGUCCUCUGAAGAAUCCCACAUUUCUGGAUUAUGUGCGGCCACGUUCCUGGACCUGUCGGUAUGUGUUUUAGAAGCCUCGGCUCUGCUGCCUUCUUGCCAAUGAAGAUAUUCUUCCUGCUUCUGAGCCAGCCGUCAUCAGCAGUUACUGAACUGAUCUAUGCCACGUUGUUUGGACACUCCAGCCUUUCCGACGGCUCACCUGAAGCUGGGCUCGGUUCACCCAAUGAUUUUUGGGGUGGGGAGGGGGUUGGUUUCCUUUUGGGUAGGAAGGAGACCAAUGGCUGAGGUAAUGGCAGAUUUUCUCGGGGUUAUCUCAGCUCAAGCCUUGGUAGUUUUAUCUGUUUAUUUCCUUGAUUCUGUCCAGCCAGAGACUAAACAUAUCUUGGCCAUAAAUUAGCCAAAAACACUCAGGAAGAAGUCAUCCCAGUACCUCUGGCUUCCAGGUUUUUCAUGUACACUGUUAGAAGGUGAGCUAGUUAACUGUACAAUUAGGGAGAAAUGAAUUGUGUUAUUUCUAGUAGAAAGAGAGAUAAUAUUGUUAUGCUUUCUGCUCAUAUCUUUUGUUGCUGUUCUGUUUUGCUUUGUCUCUGAGCUGGGAAUAGAAUCCAGGGCCUUGCCCAGUGGCAACACACUGAGCCACACCCCAGCCCCAUAUUGUAUUUUUCUGAAAGUUCUGGUCUACUCUUUUU